AUGAUUGAAAGAGACGCUGUUAAUGAGGUUCUGAACAAUCUCAAGGUUGAACCAGCGAUUGAUUCGAGCUUUCGGCCCAGCCUCAAAGAGCUCUUAUAUAAAGCAUUGGUUCAUUUUCUCCAUGUUGACGAAGAAAAACUUCUGAUAGACUUGAAUGAUAACUUCAUGGUAAAGAGAGAAUUUGGAAUGAUUGCCGGUGGACUGAGUCUGAAGCAUGGAAGGUACAUGGCAAUCGCAAAUGUUAGAAAAGUUGCUGUUGUCGUCACGGAUGGAUUUAGUUUUAUCGGACCCGGAAUUGUAAAACUGAGGGCCGAUGAACUUAAAAACAGAGGAAUCGAAGUGUUCGCAAUCGGAAUUACCAAAAGAAUGGGGGACGACGAGUUGAUGAACUUAUCCAGCAAACCUGUCCAAAAACAUUUCUUAAGGCUAACCGAUAAGGACUCAAUCGAAAGAAUAACUGAUAACAUUGUCCAAGAAAUCUGCAAAUAG